CAGAAGAAUAAGGUGGCGCUCGAGAUACUGUCCUAUCAUAACACUAGUAAUAGCGAGGAACUGGAGCGCACACGGGAGGACGUCAUCAAAUUCAAGACACCCCAGGUCUUAGAUACAUCGUUUUCACCCUACUAUUUGAGUGAUGACCACAAACUUUUGACUUCAAUCAAAGUGUUUGAACAAAUCAGCGGAAUUCCUAAUCUGGACAACGAUGACCUCUACAGGUUCACGUUAAGCGUUCGCAAAAACUACCGGCGCGUUCCCUACCAUAACUGGACCCACGGAUUCAGUGUCGCCCACAGUCUAUACGUGUUUAUCCACGACUCCGACCGGUUCACCCGACUCGAGAAGUUGGCCUUUUUCGUGAGCGGCCUCUGCCAUGAUCUCGACCACAGGGGAACCUGGGGUAAUCUCGUGGUGGUGAUAUUGCAAAAUGGACACAAUAUUCUGCAUACACUGUCGACAGCGGACUAUAAAAAGGUGUUAUCACUCAUCAAACACUGCAUUUUGGCCACAGAUUUGGCCCUAUUUUUCCCAAAUAAAGCCAAAUUAGAGAAAAUCCUAAACUCAGGAACAUUUGAUUGGGAUAAUAUAGAGCACAAAUCACUAUUAGAAGCCAUUUCGAUGACCGCCGCGGACCUCAACUCAACGGCCAGGCCAUGGAUGGAGGCCAGGGAACAGGUGAAGGAGCUGUUCGAGGAGUUCUACGCUCAGGGAGAUAUUGAGAAAGAGUUGGGUCGUAAGCCAAUACCACUGAUGGACAGGGAUAAGGUUCACGAGCAACCAGCCUCUCAAGUGGACUUCUUGACCAAUAUAUCGAUUCCAUGCUUCAAACUAUUAACACAAUUAUUGCCAAACACCAGGGUUUACUUAAAUCAUUGCAUAACAAACCUGAAGUUAUGGACAGACAAAGUGGAAAAGGAGAAGCGAUUGCGAGAGAAACUGGAUUUAAUGGCCACUCUGAAGGAGGAGUCCAACACUCAGGUCACCCUCAGAGGUCAUGUAAGACCCGUGACCCGGGGUAGAGCCGCCGCUAAGAGAGCGUCGCCGCGGAGUGCGUCCAUAGCGUCCAACACCAACACCAGCGCCGAUGAUAGCGCUGUGACCGCCGAUGACGACUACAGCGACGUGUUGUCGCGCAAAGAGAUCAAAGACUUUCUCGCCUUUUAUAAGAUUGACAUCAAAUCGGACGAAGAGGUGAAUGCGUUGGACGACGAGAAGCGCCGCCAAUACAUGUGUCGCCUGAAGAGGUGGGAGUCACUCAUCAAUACACACAUCCUCUACGAGUACUACAAGGCGUCCACCUCUUUGGCCGCCAUCGACAUCACGAUCGCCGCUCAACAGGAGGCCAUCAAACGCAUCAAAGCUGAUCCCGAGUUUGACACGAAGUACGACAAGGAUUAUAAGACAAAGUUGUCUCGCGUGGAGACGGGGAUGGCGUCGAUGAUCAAGAAGUUGGACAGCGAUAGGACGACCUUCAAAGACCUCAAGACUACGGUUCUGAGUCUUGAUAUGAAAGACAAUACCCAAGAGUUGAACGAAAAGGAGAUCAAAGAAGAAGUGGAGACCAAUGACGAAGAAACAGAUGAUGAGUUUGACGCUCAGUAUGACGAUGAGGACGAAGACAACGACAAGAAGUUUAUUGUCAAACAAGAGAUCAAGUCUGAAGACGAGGAUAUGGACUCGAAGUAUGACAUUAAGCGAGAGAUUAAGUCUGAACUGAUGGACACCAAAGCCGGCAUAAAAAAAGAGAUCAAACUUGAGAUCAAGAAAGAGGUGAAGGAAGAGGUGAAAGAGGAACAGAUCUCCAGCGAUGAUGACGAGGAGGAGGAGGAGGACAUGGAUGUCGUAGAGAUCAAAGAGGAGGCCCUAAGCGACACCGAUAACGAUGAAGACUAG